AUGGCCGCCGCCGCCGCCCAGCGGGCCAGGAGGGGCGGCCUCUCGGUUCCCGACCGGCUCAGCGCCCUUCCAGACGAGCUCCUCCGCGACGUUCUUUCCUUCCUCCCGGCGCAGCAGGUCGUACAAACCACCGUGCUGUCCAAGAGGUGGACGGAUCUGUGGCGUUCGGUGCCCGGCAUCAACCUCGACCUCCGGCAUUUCCAAAGGGAUUUCUUUGAGAGCUGUCCUGCGGCCUGGGAAAGGAUGGAGAAUUUCGCCAACAACCUGCUGAUCUUGCACAACGCUCCGUGCCUGGAUGCGUUCCGGUUUCAUGCAGUGCUAAAUAAGGAAUUUAAUGAUGUCCCAGUAUUUGACAGCUUAAGAACUUUGUCACUUGUCUCGUGUUUCAGCACAAUCAAGGAAUGUGCUCUUUGGAGGUUUAUGCAGAAGUCUCCUUAUCUAGAGAAGCUUAUUUUGAAGGAUUUUCACGCUGUGUUUAAACUGAUCUCUGAUGUGGUGCCUAGUCACCACUACCCCAGUUUACAAACUGACUUAUUGAGGCUUGGUGUUGAUAUUGAGGGGAUACAAUCAUACAAAUUUGAUGAAGUUCUCAUCUCUUAUCUGAUAGAUUAG